AUGGCGUGCGUUGAAUGCCGCCAGCAGAAAGUGCGUUCCUGCCCCCGAUGCCCACACGCUCCUUCCUUCCUUCCUUCCUUCCUUCCUUUCUUUCUUUCCUUCCUUCCUUCCGCCACCGCUGCUGCUGCGAAGCUCCGUGAGCGCGUCUCGGUGGACGGUGGUGGCAGCAUCGGUGAUGGUGGCGGCGGCGGCGGCGACGGCGACGAUAACGGUAGCACCCACUCACCGGUCCACACGUUCCUGAACGAUGCGGUAGAUCUUCUGACCGAUGCCAUACCAGCAGACCAGCCCACGAGCGGAGGCAUCAUGCUGCCCGGUGAUGCAACCGACAUCUCCUCCAGUGCCGCUGACGCGGUGCCUGUUGCCCUUCCCAAUCAGACCACCCCUGCGGCCACGUGGUGGCAAGUUCAAGACGUUCCUCCUCCCACGGCUGAUCGGUCAAUUGGAGACCUACGGGUGGCGGCGCGCGAGAUAGACGAAUGUUUCGCUCUUUUCAUCCAGGACUGCCUAUCGUAUGUACCCUUGGUACCCAGUCCCAUGCAUCCUAACAUAUGCUACGCGCAAUCUCCCUUGCUGUUCUGGACGAUUGUAGCUAUCGGGUCUCGAAAAUACACCGAGAACCCCACCCUCGUAAUUCUCCUCGGCCCUAAGGUCUCCAGCAUGGCAAAGAUGGCCAUCUUCCGUCAGGAACCGGUUUUGAUGACUUUACAAGCCUUUGUACUCCUUUGCGCCUGGCCCAUGCCGUUCCAUGCCUUGAGCGAUGACAUUACCAGCAUCCUGGCCGCCGCAGCUUUGCAGCUAGCCGCAGUCGCAGGACUUCAUAUUCGCGGCAACGGCCAAGAGUUUUCGCGCACCAAAGUAAGCGAUGACGCCGACCAGACCACAGCUCGUGGGAGACUCCGCCGGCGAGAUUGCAAUACACGUCGUCAUUUACUGAUCACGCGAGGUCUCAUUAGAGUGAUAACAACAAACGGCACACCGCCUUUGAUGAUGCCCGAUACCUACCAUAUCGCUCUCUCGCCGUCUGAUCAAGUCCUUUCACCCAGUCUGGUCCUCCAGAAAUCCGUCAGCGAACUGUUGACCACUGCGAUUCUCGACUUGCAAAAGUAUGCGCUACCGUUGCCAUACGCAACGCUGCAGGGCGUUCUGGAUCCAAUGAUAGAGUCGGCUGUCGCUAGCAUACGUCAGCUGGAUCAGAGUCAAGCAAGUCCCCUAGAUGUAUUCUAUGUGCAAGCCGCCGAGCUGCACAUACUCAGCUUCCACUUAUUCAAACAUCGGAGUGCCAUCAGCGCAGAAGUUCUCACCGGAAUGUACAAUUUGGCAAUCACGAUGGUGGAGCAAAUUUUGGUGAUUAAUGAAACCUCGAGAGUUGCCGAGUGCGGCCCGAGUUUCAUUGCGAGGUUUCUGCAUUCUGCAGCAGUCGCCAUUUUGCGCAUCAGCAGAUCGGACCUGAAGGACCAGCUGGAUCUGGAGCGCGGUCGUCGUGCGUAUUUUGCCCUCAUCAUUUUUCACCGACGUCAUGCCGUGCGACAGGAUGAUGCCUUCGCCCGGUUCAGUAUCAUCUUGACAAAUCUGUGGACUAGCUCGCGCAUCUUCAAGACUUCCAACGGUAGCUUCGCUAGCCUUACCGUUCGCAGCAGGGCUCGGCUUGGUAUGAGUAUGGUGUAUGACUGUUUCUGGUGGUGGCGCCAGGAAUAUGGCUGGCAAGCUAGUGUCUACGAGCAUGCCGAAGGUGGAAGGCGAGGGUUCCCAUUGCCCGGAAGUCACCAGUCGCCCUCCGAGCCUUUCCUCGAUGAAGACGAAUCGAUGCUGUCGAACUUUACUACUAUGGCCGACCUGGAAUGGCCUGCUUUCGAUUGCUUGAUGGGAGACGAAUGGCCCCCAGUCGGCGCAGAGAUAAACAUGCUUUGA